AUGACUGACGCCGAAUACACUGCCGCGACUAUACUGUCGCAUCAGCAAAUCACCACCGAGGAGAAUGAUAAUAACGCAUAUGUGCUGGGCUCGAUGGGCGCGCACAAUGUGGUAAUGGCGGCUCCGGGUGAAGGUCGCAUGGACAUUGCAACUGCAGCGAGUGUUAUCGGCGACAUGGUGCGCAGCUUUUCGAAUUUGCGCUUCAUCUUGCUUGUGGGCAUCGCGGGUGGAGUUCCGACUGUGAGAGACGUCCGGCUAGGUGAUGUUGUGGUCGGCGUCCCCGCGGAGUCGGAGGGCGGUGUCAGAUUAAGAUGGUCAGGAUUACUCCUGGCAUCAUAUUUGGGCCUUGAACUAGAGGUGGACACCAUAGCAGACAAAACGGAUAUUGGAACGGGGGAUAAUAAGGGAAUGACAAGUCUACAUUUGGCCUCGCUGAGAGGGCAUCUUGAGGUGGCCCAGCUGUUGAUCGAAAAAGGCAGAGAUGUCACAGUUGCAAACAAGGACGGGUGGAUGCCGCUGUAUUGUGCUUCUGAGGGAGGCCAUCUCGAGGUGGCCCAGCUUUUGAUCGAAAAAGGCGCAGAUGUCAAAGUUGCAAACGAGCACGGAUGGACGCCGCUGCAUAUCGCGGCGGCACAUGGACAGACAGAUUCAGCC